CAAACUAGCAGUUCACCUCUUUUUUUUCCCGCGAAUGUCCGUUUCAGUUACCUUCCCCCAAUUCCGCGGUCUACCAACAUGUUCAUCCUCCGAGUUCACUCCGUCGACCCCCACCACCCUCUCGAUCUCGAGGAGACCGCCUUCUCCGUCGUCUCCUCCACCGCCGCCAAUCACCCGGAGACCAUCCCUAGCCGGAACCCUAAGUACGGUGAGCGGAGAGGCGUCGUUCACCUGUACCGAAGCGCGUCGCAGAGUUCGCUCCCGAACCCUAGCUCCCGCUCCACUUCGCUCUUCGUCGUCGCCGUCCCCAACUACUUGUCCCCCGAUGGGUUCGUACGGUUCUGCGAGACCCACAUCGACAGUGUCCUCGACCUCGUCUUCAUCAGAAAUGACGGGAUGGAAGAUCGGUAUAGCGUGUUGAUCAAGCUCGAUUCCCAAUUGGCUGCCGAUAGAUUCUACAGCAACUUCAAUGGGAAACGAUUCUCUCCUUCUGAGGCAGAGGUAUGCCACAUCUUGUUCCUACUCUCAGUGGAUUACACUGAUUCGGCUGAGGUUGCCAGCACUCCUCCGGCAGGGUUCGCGGCGUUGCCUACUUGUCCAAUAUGCCUUGGUUAGUCAUUGAAGCGUAGGUUCGAGGGGUAGCUUUCAUGUUCUGCUCUUUAUGGUGUUGUUUUGAACUGCAGAGAGGUUGGAUCCUGACACUAGUGGAAUACUCAGUACCCUUUGUGAUCAUUCAUUUCAAUGUUCAUGCACUUCAAAGUGGACAUAUCUGUCUUGCCAGGUCUGCAGAUAUUGUCAGCAGGAGGAUGAGAAACCGACUUGUGCUGUGUGUGACACAUUGGAAAAUCUCUGGGUUUGUCUGCUUUGUGGCUUUGUGGGUUGUGGAAGGUAAUAGAUCCUUCAAUUUCUGACUGUCAAUUUAAUGUCUAUUAUUACCCGGGACAUUAUAGAUUUGUCUGUCAGUUUAGGUAUAAAGAAGGGCAUGCAGUAAGGCAUUGGAAACGUACAGAGCACCAGUACUCUCUUGAUUUAAGAACUCAGCAAAUAUGGGACUACGUUGGUGACAACUAUGUCCAUCGCCUAAACCAGUCGAAAGCGUAUGAUAAGUCUGUUGAUGUGAACUCUAACUGUACAUACAUGGAAGGAGAUUGUGGUACCUGUGAGUGUAGUAGUGACGAUGCUGGUUUUGGUGGGGCUCUCUAUAGUAGCAAAGUUGAAGCAAUUGUUGAUGAGUACAACCGUCUUCUUGCAACACAGCUAGAGACUCAAAGACAGUACUACGAAUCUUUAAUAGCAGAAGCCAAAGGUAAGCAAGAAAUCUCGAUCUCGGGAGCAGUGGAGGAAGCUGUGAGUUCAACAAUGCAGGAGCUCCAGAAUAAGCUGGAACUAUGUGAACGUGAAAAGAAUGCAGUGGCAGAAGUCAACCGAGGUCUCAUAAAGGAUGAAGACGCUUGGCGUAAAAAGGCCAAAGAAAUAGAAGCUAGGCAAUCUUCAUCUUUAAGGUCCAAGGAUGAGAUGAUACUUGAUCUAGAAGAACAGAUUCGAGAUCUUACAGUUUACCUUGAAGCUCAGAAGACUCUGAAUAAGAUGACAGAUCCUAGUGACAUCCGCGAAGGGACAUUAUUACCUAUGCCUUUGAAGCAGUCCUCCCCAGCCAAAACCAAGAGGAAUGCCAAGUCGAAUAGAAGACGAAAUUAAAUAGUGUACCAACUGUAACCAAUCUUGCACAGGGUUCUGCAUUCUUGAAACUUCAGUGUUGUGUAUACAGGAGUUGUCUCGAGGAAAGAAGCAUUGUUCGUGACUUCGUGCUCUGUUCGACCUCAAAACCUCUCGUUGUACAAUCAUUUAACCUACUGUGAUAGAUAACCAUUGUCUGUUCCAAGCCUUAUCUGCUCGUAGAGUUCGUAUUAGAUGUAUUUUGGUUCUUGCUCCCUGAUACCUUCGUUUAGUGCUACGAUCCGGUACAUUGCAGCUAAUGUCAACAUUGCAUUUUACACUUCA